GUGGUUUAGCUUGGUACAUUAACGGCUAUAUGACACCGGAACUGUAUUUAAAACGAGGACUUACAUAUGCCUUCAAGGUGCGCGGUGGCAACAAUCCACAUUCGCCGGAACAUUAUCAUCCCAUGGUGAUAACAGAUGAACCUCAUGGUGGCUACGAUCGGCUCAGCGAUGCAAAACAGAGUGAAAUUCGCGUUUUGGCGGGUGUUGAAUUUACUCGACGCGGUCGUCCCAAGCCAACAGCUGCCGGACCGUUAUGCCUCUCUAAGUAUCCCAUUAAUUAUGAUCGUCGUUUGGAUGAUAACUUUCCCAGUUUCAAAAAGUUCAAUCGUUCGCUAAUUAAUAUUUGUCCCAAUGAAGAGCCCGCCAUAUUGGAGAUCACACCGAAUAUCACUUGGCCCGACAUUGUGUACUAUAAUAGCUUUACACACGCCAAUAUGGGUUGGAAAAUACACAUAGUCGACAGUCUUUCCAAUUUACGUAAUGGAGCACUUACAAAUUUGAUAAUGCUGCCGACAAGACUAGUAUUGUUGUUGUGGUGCUUUGGAUUUUGCGCAAACGUAGUACUACUUGGGCAUUGAUGGCGCCAGCGACUUCUAUGUAUGAGAAAAAAAGUUAACAAUUGUGAGAACUAAAAAAGUAAAAGUUGUGGCGGGGUCCCUUUAAUAUAAAUACCAUGUUUGACUGAUUUCAAAACUGUUUUUUUUCAUUAUAUGUAUGUAUACAUAAAAUGUAUACUUUUAGUUGAGGAUAACGUGAAUUUCAUAUAAAUACGAGUUCUUACAUAUAUAUAUAUAUAUGCACGCACUAGUUGUAAAAGUCAAAUUGUAAUGCAGCGUAACGCAUUUCUGUGUAAAUAAAGAAAUGAUUUGAUAAUUGUAGAAAAAUGUGUACAGACGUACUACUCAUGUAAA